AUGAGCGGGACGGUGCUGGCCGGGACCCCCAUCGCCGUCGACUUCUGGAGCCUCCGCAGGGCGGCCGGCGCCCGCCUCUUCUUCCUGUCCCACAUGCACGCGGACCACACGGUGGGGCUGUCCAGCACCUGGAGCCGCCCGCUGUACUGCUCCCCGAUCACCGCCCGCCUCCUGCACAGCCGCCUACGGGUGCCAACAUGCUGGAUCCGGCCCCUGGAAGUGGGGCAGAGCCACGUGCUGGACGAGGUGACGGUGACGCUGCUCGACUCCAACCACUGCCCCGGCUCCGUCAUGUUCCUCUUCGAGGGCGCCUUUGGCACCAUCCUCUACACAGGAGAUUUCCGCUACACGAGCUCCAUGCAGGGGGAGCCGCUGCUGAGGGGCCGCCGCAUCGACCGGCUGUACCUGGACAACACGCACUGCCACCCGCAGCGGGAGCUGCCCUCGCGCCAGCUGGCCACGCGCCAGGCCGCCCGCCUCAUCCGCGCCCACCCGCACCACCACGUCGUCAUCGGUGUGUACACCCUGGGCAAGGAGGCGCUGCUGGUGGACCUGGCCGUGGAGUUCAGCACCUGGGUGGUGGUGAGUCCCUGGCGCCUGGAGCAGAUGCGGCUGCUGGAGCUGCCGGACGUGUUCACCGCCGAGGAGGGCGCCGGGUGGAUCCGCGCCGUGGACGUCGCCGAGAUCCGCUGCGAUACCCUGGUCACCUGGAACUCACUGCACCCCACCAUUGCCAUCCUCCCCACGGGCAGGCCCGUGAAGAUCACCCACCCCAAGAUCCACCUCGUCCCAUACUCGGAUCACUCGUCCUUUUCGGAGCUGUGCGAGUUUGUGAAGUGGCUGAAACCUUGCUCAGUCAUUCCCAUCGUGAAGGGCAACAUGUGCCAGGUUUACUUUCAGGAAUACCUGAGCUCUGCCCCCCAAUUGGGAACCAAGUCCCAGUGGAGGUGA